AAUAUCACAAUGCGAACUGCACUUCUCAGCAUUCUGUCGUGUACGUUUUCGAUCGAGACUGGCUCUGCGAUUCCUCUGAAUUUUUCUCUGAGUUUGAGAGUUCUGUGAGACUCAUCAUCUUUGCCUCGAUAAGUCCGCUUGUUGUUAAGUGUUUGAUCCACGUCUUGAGGCUUCGUGGUUGUGGGAGAGAGUUUGGGGAUGGCGAGAACGAAGGGGAAGAAGACUCACGGAGCGGGACGCGCUGUGGUGAAGAACAAGGUCAGCCCUGCGAUAAAGUUUGCGGACAUGAGGGCCAAUGCAGGACGGAGCUUUUCGGUUGCUGGAGCAAAAAUGUCGGAGAAGAUGACGCUCAUUCGUGCCAACCUCAUGCUCAAGGUGUACCGAUUAAAACAUCCGGCGAACCCGGUGAAGCGAGUGGCCGCCACUGAGUCCAUCAAGGAGAUGAAAGCAGCUGCUACAGAGAGGAGAAUCCAGAAGGUGGCUCGUGCAUCGGAUGUUGCAGCUCGGAAGCGUGCAGUAGCGCGUGAGCGUCGCGCUUUGGACAUGGCCAAACACACGUAAACAUUGCACAUUACAGAGCACCCUCGAGAGAUUGGUGAAAUCUGCUACUGUUAGGUGCUCGAUUGUGAGCACCAGUUCUUCCGAAAGCUGCACGUUAUUUGAUAAGGUUCCUAGUGCUGCCUAGGAUCUAUACAGCAAAAAUUCUUCAUGAAUCGAAGUUGCCCUAGAUGAUUUAUUUAUCUUUACUCUUACCGUUUUUGCAUUCUUCGUAGGAUAUUUAUGAGUUUCCCCCUCUUAAUUUAGAGUUGGGCAAUUCUUUUAGGAUAACUCAGGUGAUGGCGCUAUAAAAAGUACUAAAUGUACACAUAUGUUGAGACCCCCACCAUGUGAAUACAAAUUCUCUUGCUUACGCAUUAUAACUCUCA